UACUUCACAUGGUGUGUUAGGUUAGAAUAAUAGCGAUUUGGAUGGUGGGCCGUACCCCUUAAUAAAAUGUUUGUUUAGAAGUGUGGGUUGAUUUGGAUUGCAAAGGCGAAUUUUUGCGCAACUCUUCCAGAUGGCGGCUAAUUCCAAAAAAGCCAUAAACAAAUUGAAAUCGCUGGCAUUGGUGUGCACCGGCGGCGGUUUGGUGUUUUCCGGCCUAUGCAUAAAUCAAGGCAAUGAAAGUUAUUACAGAAAUGUGUUGAUGCCAGCCACCCGUUUGCUGCCUCCGGAAACCAGUCACAAAUUGGCUGUGUGGUGCUGUAAAUACAAGCUAUUCGGAAAACCACACAAACAAGAUGAUGCUAUUUUGGCCUCAAAAUUCUUUGGACAUGACAUGGAAAAUCCAUUGGGCAUUGCGGCUGGUUUCGACAAACAUGGUGAAGCUGUGGAGGGUUUAAAGCAAUUGGGUUUUGGUUUUGUGGAAAUUGGUUCUGUGACACCAGAACCCCAGCCCGGCAAUCCCCAACCACGAGUUUUUCGUUUGGUCAAUGAUGAGGCCAUCAUUAAUCGUUAUGGCUUCAAUAGUGAGGGACAUGUAGUUGUAUUUCAACGUCUUAAGGAACUCAAAGAUUCGGGAAAAUACAAUGGCAUUUUGGGUAUAAAUUUGGGUAAAAAUAAAACCUCGCCCUCGGCCAAGGAAGACUACAAACAAGGUGUACAGAUAUUUGGUCCCAUUGCCGACUAUCUUGUGAUCAACAUUAGCAGCCCCAAUACGCCGGGAUUAAGGGAUUUGCAAGGCAAAAAAGAUUUACAAGAACUUUUGGAAACCGUCAUACAAACACGCAAUGAAUUGCCGUACAACAAUAAGGUUCCUGUUCUCUUGAAAAUUGCACCAGAUCUAACGUCACAGGACAUAAAAGAUAUUGCCUCGGUAAUAAAUAAGAAGUCAUGUCAUGUUGAUGGCUUAAUUGUCUCUAAUACCACAGUAAGUCGUGAGAAUCUCAAGGACGAAGAGAUUGCCAAGGAAAUUGGUGGUCUCAGUGGUGUGCCGCUGCGUUCCAAGUCCACACAACUUGUUGCUGAAAUGUACUAUCAGACGAGUGGUAAAAUUCCCAUAGUUGGCGUGGGUGGUAUUUCAUCGGGCCAGGAUGCUUUUGAGAAAUUGGAAGCUGGUGCUUCUUAUUUGCAAUUAUAUACAUCAUUCAUAUACCAAGGACCGCCGGUUGUGUCGCGGAUUAAACAGGAGCUGGCAGAAAUUUUGCAGGGUAAGGGUUAUAAAUCUAUUAGCGAAGCUGUGGGCAGUAACUACAAAGCCUAUUUGAAAAAGUAGGGUUAGAUGCAAGGUGAUUUUUUGUAUUGUAAUGUUUUGAAAAUAUGACACUACAUAAUUGGAUUAAGCUUAAAGCACAAAUAAACUAUAUUUUACCAAAAAAAAACUUGACAUUC